AGCCUUAGUAGAUGCAAAUCUUGUCUUUUCAACAACUUCACCAUUUCAACGUUUUUCUUAAUCUGCUGUUGUUAGCUCUCAAAAACCAAGAAUUAAUGAGAUUGUAUUCUUGUCACUUUAAAUUGAUUCUAUUAGGCAACCCAUGCAUGCUGAUCCAACUCUGUCAGGAUGAAACAAGUCAAGAAGCUGCCUCUAACAAAUGAAUGCCAUCACUGGACUCGUCUAGGUGAGGUUCCAUGGGACUUACAGAAGUACUGGCAACAGAGAUACACUAUUUUCCCUUACUACAAUGAGGGUAUCUAUAUGACCGAAGCUGCUUGGUACGGUGUUACCCCUGAACCAGUUGCAAACCAAAUCGCAUACGAACAUGCUUCUAUUAUUAGUUCUACAAAGACCACAGUCAUAGAUCUAUUUGCCGGCGUGGGAGCGAACGCCAUCAGCCUUGCCCUAGCUACGACCCAGGACGGCAUAACGCCCCGCUGGGAAAAGGUGAUCGCUAUCGAGCUAGACGCAGCCACUCUCGCCUGUGCCCAACAUAACGCAUCUCUGCAUGGUGUGGCUGACAACAUCAUCUGGGUCUUAGGUGAUAGCUUCAAAUUCCUAGAGACUCUUCUACACUCCCCUGAAAAGCUUGAGAAUGACUUGCAGGUGAACGUGGCCACCACUGCCUUGUUUGCAUCUCCACCAUGGGGCGGACCAGGCUAUAGGACCGACGAGAUCUUUGACCUAAGCACGAUGGAACCCUAUAACUUGGCCACGCUGCAUGAAGCUUAUAGAACCAUGGAUCACGCGCUUUACCUUCCACGUACAAGCGACCUCAGGCAAAUCGCCAAACUGAUUCCUGAUGGGACAAAAAUCGAAGUUGUCCAGUAUUGUGUCGAAGGUGCAAGUAAAGCAAUGGUUGCAUACAUACCUGCUGCUCAGGAUGAAGAUUCUCAUAUGGAGACAUAACAUUCACAAACUUCACUAAAUCAAUCAUGCUAGCUGCGCAAUUCU